AUGACUGAUGUCUCUGAAGGUAGUAUAAAUGUCCAAGAAGAAAUGACUGAUGUCCCCAAAGGAAGUAUAAAUGUCCAAGAAGAAAUUACUGAUGUCCCUGAAGGUUGUAUAAAUGUCCAAGAAGAAAUGUCUGAUGUCCCUAAAGGAAGUAUAAAUGUCCAAGAAGAAAUGACUGAUGUCCCUGAAGGUAGUAUACAUGUCCAAGAAGAAAUGACUGAUGUCCCUAAAGGAAGUAUAAAUGUCCAAGAAGAAAUUACUGAUGUCCCUGAAGGUUGUAUAAAUGUCCAAGAAGAAAUGUCUAAUGCCCCUAAAGGAAGUAUAAAUGUCCAAGAAGAAAUGACUGAUGUCCCUGAAGGUAGUAUAAAUGUCCAAGAAGCAAUAACCGAUGUCCCUGAGGAAGAAGUGAAUGAUGUCCCUGUAGAUAGUAUAAAUGUCCAGGAAGAAAUGAAUGAUGUCCCUGUAGGUAGUAUAAAUAUCCAGGAAGAAAUGAAUGAUGUCCCUGUAGAUAGUAUAAAUGUCCAGGAAGAAAUUAAUGAUGUCCCUGUAGGUAGUAUAAAUAUCCAGGAAGAAAUGAAUGAUGUCCCUGUAGGUGGUAUAAAUAUCCAGGAAGAAGUGAAUGAUGUCCCUGUAGAUAGUAUAAAUGUCCAGGAAGAAAUGAAUGAUGUCCCUGUAGGUAGUAUAAAUAUCCAGGAAGAAAUGAAUGAUGUCCCUGAAGGUAGUAUAAAUAUCCAGGGAGAAAUGACAGAUGCCCAAGAAGGCUGGACAAAUGUCAGAUAA